GGUUGCUUGGCGGCGCCCAUGACGCUGCUGAAGCCGCCACCGCCCAUGCUGCAAAUGCCCACGCGUACACCUGCGCCGCCGCCGCCGCUGCCGCUAAUGCAGCUGCGACGCUGCUCGCUAGACAUGGACUCAGAUGCUGAGGAGCAGCUGCCCUGCGCUCCAGAGGAGCACAUUGACGUCGAAGCCGAUGAAGAGGAGCAGGAGUCUGAACUGCAGCUGGCGCACAGCAGCGCCAGUUCAACGCCCAACACAGCGACUGCAUCCAACGAUUGCUACGAGCUGCGCGCAAAGUCCAGCAGCAACCACAACAAUGCUUGCCUGGAAGAGAAAUCAAUAAGCCAGCAACAGCAGCAACAACAUCAGCAGCAGCAGCAACAAGCGCACAGCUACUGAACGUUGGGCGUGCCACUCCCAUUCCCACUCCCAGUUGUGUUGUAAAUUUGUAUUGAAUAGUUUUUGCCAAAGGAUCAGGCGGCUAAGUGCACAUCAAUUGGUUUCAAUGCUGCGCUAACAAAGCGCCCACCAAACUCUGUAGACGAGUCUCUGCACACAUAAUCAAUAAAAAAUAAAAAACGAAGCGCAGAAGAUAAACG